CCGUUGUGGGGAUGAGCAGCGGCUAAUGGCUGACUGGGAGUUCUGGAUUAGCUAACGUUUGCCACUGCUUCUAAUGUGGGCCCUUGUACUGGUGAACUGCUCCUGAAGCUGCACCUAGAAGACAGAGCAGAGCACCACAGAGUGCCGAGCCUCGGGGGGGGUUUGGCAGCAGCUCUGCAACAUGUCCAAGAGCAAGAGCGCAGAGACGGUCAAGGUGGUGGUCCGCUGUCGCCCCAUGAAUGAAAAGGAGCGGGCGGCCAAGUUUGAGAGGGUGGUCGCUGUCGAUGUCAAAUUGGGCCAAAUUAUGGUCAGGAACCCCAGGGAGGCCUCGGGCAGUGACCACCCCAAAGUCUUCACCUUUGAUUCGGUCUACGACUGGAACUCCAAACAAAUAGAUUUGUACGAUGAAACCUUCAGGCCCCUGGUGGAUUCAGUUCUACUUGGGUUCAACGGGACCAUUUUUGCCUAUGGGCAGACCGGUACAGGGAAAACAUACACUAUGGAGGGGGUGAGGAAUGACACGGAGAGGAGAGGGGUGAUCCCUAACUCCUUUGAGCACAUCUUCACUCACAUUUCCCGCUCCCAGAAUCAGCAGUACCUGGUGAGAGCGUCGUAUCUAGAAAUUUACCAAGAGGAGAUCAAAGACUUGCUCUCCAAAGAUCAGACGCGUCGCCUGGAGCUCAGGGAGAGGCCCGACACCGGCGUGUAUGUUAAGGACCUUUCAUCAUUUGUCACCAAGAGCGUGCGGGAGAUCGAACAUGUCAUGAACGUGGGCAACCAGAACCGCUCGGUGGGUUCCACGAACAUGAACGAGCACAGCUCCCGUUCUCACGCCAUCUUUGUCAUCACUGUGGAGUGCAGCGAGCUGGGCGUUGACGGGGAGAACCACAUCAGGGUCGGCAAACUGAACCUGGUCGAUUUAGCCGGUAGUGAACGGCAGACCAAGACUGGUGCUCAGGGGGAGAGGCUUAAAGAAGCCACGAAGAUAAAUCUGUCCCUUUCGGCCCUCGGGAACGUCAUAUCAGCUCUGGUGGACGGCAGGAGCAGCCAUAUCCCCUACCGAGAUUCAAAACUCACCCGUUUGCUGCAGGACUCUCUGGGGGGCAACGCUCGCACAGUUAUGGUCGCCAACAUCGGCCCAGCGUCCUACAACGUGGAGGAGACCUUGACGACGCUGCGCUAUUCCAACAGGGCGAAGAACAUUAAGAACAAACCCCGCAUCAACGAGGACCCCAAGGACGCCCUGCUCAGGGAGUUUCAGGAGGAGAUCGCCCGGCUGAAGGAGCAGCUGGAAAAGCGCUCUGGAAAGAAGAAAAAGAGGAAGCAGAGGAGGAGGGCCGGGGAAGGGAGCGAUGGUGAGGAUCUGGAGGACGGAGAGACGGAGGACGACGAGGAAGAAGGGGAGGACAAGGGGGAUUACUGGCGGGAGCAGCAGGAGAAGCUCGAGAAGGAGAGGAAGGCCAUCAUGGAGGAUCACAGUCUGGUGGCUGAGGAGAAAGUGCUGCUGCUUAAAGAGAAAGAGAAGAAAAUGGAAGAUUUGAAGAAGGAGAGGGAAGCCGGAGAGAUGCUUGCAGCCAAAGUGAAGGCGAUGGAGAGUAAGCUCCUCGUUGGGGGGAAGAACAUUGUGGAUCACACCAACGAGCAACAGAGAAUGCUGGAGCUGAGGAGGCAGGAAAUUGCUGAACAGAAACGGCGAGAGCGGGAGAUGCAGCAGCAGAUGGAGAGUCGUGACGAAGAGACUCUGGAGCUGAAGGAGACCUACAGCUCUCUUCAGCAGGAGGUCGACAUCAAAACCAAGAAGCUGAAAAAGCUGUUUGCCAAGCUGCAGGCUGUGAAGGCAGAAAUCCACGACAUCCAGGAGGCACAUAUCAACGAGCGCCAGGACCUGGAACAGACCCAGAAUGAGCUCACCAGGGACCUCAAACUCAAGCAUUUGAUCAUUGAAAACUUCAUCCCCUUAGAGGAGAAGAACAAAAUAGUCCACAGGGCUUACUUCGACGAGGAGGACGAAUACUGGAAGAUGAAGCCCAUCACACGUCUAGAGGAUGACCAUCAGAUGAUGAGCAGGCCUUUGUCCGCGGUCGGCUACAGGAGGCCUCUCAGUCACCACGCUCGCAUGGCCAUGAUGAUGAGGCCUGACAUGAGAUACAAAGCUGAAAACAUUAUGAUGCUGGACAUGGACCUGCCUGCUCGGACCACUAAAGAGUAUCAGGAGCCGGUUAUCGCACCUAAGGUGGCGGCAGCUCUGGAGAGCGCUCUUAGGGAUGAGGAUGAGAUCCAGGUAGAUGCCUCUGGCUUUCACAGCAGCUUGGGAUCAACCCUGCCCGCUACCGGCAGCCUCAAGAAACCAAAGUCCGGUCGACCAAGAACAGGAAAGAAGUCGAGCACCCCCACCUCUCCAUUCAGCCCCUCAAGCCCAGGAUCCCCGCUUUACCCACAAUCCCGCGGCCUGGUGCCCAAGUGACGGCUUCUACAACUGCUACCAUAAACCCAACCUCUCUUUUUGCACCUUUCCACUUUGGGACACGACUUUUGAGAGAUAAGCGAGUCUCGUUUCGCUUCGUCUGAGUCGUUGCUGUUUUUUUGUCUGGGGACAGAAUAUUGGAUUCUGCAAACAACAGAAAAAAACUUUAAGACUAAUGCUGCUUAGUAGGUUUUAACUGUAACCAUGCCACUAUUGACUGUUGAAGGUGAGUCAGUACAUCACCAAGACAGCAGCCACGCAUGAAGCCUCACAUCACUCUACACUGCUGUUACCUUACUCUACAUUUGGCUCAGUGCCACUGAUUGACUGUGUUUACUGCUGUUUAAAGGUUUGGAGUCCCCUGUCACACUGAUGUUUUUCUUCUUCCCUCCAAAAAUGACUAUUUGGAACAGAGACGGAUGGAGUUUAAAUCAGACCGAAUGUAUUAUUCACAAUUUAAAUAGUUUUGGCCCAUAAAGAAGACGAAUUAAAUGAUUUAAAAGUGACAUUUAGACCGUGUUCACCAAGUGGGAUAUUCUUCCCACCAAAUGCUGUCUUCAUUGGGUCCUCUGCAGUCUGCUGGCUUAUUAGACUGAAGCAAUUUAAAUUGUGUCAAUCCACAGUAUGCUCAAGUUAUAUUCUGUGAUCCAGUUGUUGUUUCCUGACCUUGAAACAGAACUUGUUACUUUUUUAACAUCUGCACAAAUCUUUACACCAAACCACCAGUUUUGUUCACCGCUGACUUGUGGUUUCUUCUCUUCUUAUUGACCUGUUGCUUAGAGGGAUCGCUGUCUUAUCUUUCUGCCCUUUUUUGCAAACCCUUCAUACAAAAAUAACCUCCAUUUGUAAAGAAGACUUUUUACAACCUAAAAGGAUGAGAGACAAUGCAGAAAUAUAGACGAGACCUCCCAGCAUCAAGUUUUAUGGCAGGCAAUCCCAAACUUUGAAC